CGGUUCGCGGCGCGACUAGUCAGAGUUAAAACCUGAAAGGCUGAAGUAGUGCGCGCGUGCACACGACCGCGACAACUUGCAUCCACCAAGUUUGGUUAGUAGUUGCAGCAGUUCGUGCGAUCGAGAGUGGUCCCGCAAGACGCGUGGAGGACGUUCGGGAUUUCUGUGCCGCGGCGGCUUCAAUCGCCACCCAGCCGGUCAACAUGAUCAUGGACGGCAUCGAGACGCUGCCCGCACAGCAAUACUACCACCCUCCGACCUAUCUGCUGACGGAGUCGGCGGCCGCCGCCGCCGCUCACCACUUCAACGUCCUCAGUUUCGACACGUGCCUCUACAAGACGAACUGCUCGAGCAGCGGCGGCAGCCCCAUCCCGGCGGCCGUUUGCACCGCCGUCGAUGAGCCCGCUCCCUCGGAAGCGCAACCGGGAGACCUCAACACCCCCGUCACCACCUCCUCGGACGUACCGUCCUUUUUCGGGCCCUCCACCGUCGUCGAACCGCCCCCCAUCACAGGAUCCUUAGACCCCGAAGAGCUGUCUUUGGACCAACAACACCAACAGCAGCAGCAGCACUCGCCUGCACACGAACGGCUCACCCCUCAGGAGAGCGCCCUCAGUCCGAGCCUAAGAGAAGAGGAAAACACAAACCACAGCACCCUCAGCAUGUACCCGAACCAUUCGAACAACAACAACAACAACAACAACAACAUCAACAAAAUGCACCACCGAACGGUGUACACCUCGGAGAUGCAGCCGGCCGGAAGCCCCAUGUCCAUGAACCAAGGGAUGGCGCAUUCCCCUUCGGCGGUGAACCCGUGGCUUUUAUCCAGCGGCGACAAGCCGAUGUACCCCGCGAUGUUCGGUCUCCUGCAAGGCACCAGCCAGUCGCCCCAGCAGCAGUACCCGUCGGCGACGCCUAGCCCCGCAGGAACGCAAUACGACGACCGCUCGCAGACGGAGCAGCUGAUGCUGAGCAUGGAGUGCCCGAUGCCCAUCAAGCAGCCCCCCAGCUACACCUCCACGAGCCUCUCCCUCGACAUGCAGCAGGACCUGGUGUACUCCCGCGUGGGACAGCCGUUAGUGAGCUCCGCCAAGUAUCAGUGGGACGCGCAGGACUACCAGCAGGGCGCCGGUGCUCUCGUGGCGCCCGGACCCAGUAGUUUGGUGCCGAAACAGGAACCGUUCAGUGCGGCUUGCAGCAGUGACGUUCAGCAGAACAGUCCCGGCUACGGUGUGCAGCUGGCCGAGUACAACCCGUCGACCAGCAAAGGACACGAAAUCCUGUCGCAAGUGUACCAACAGUCGCCCAUACCGCUCAAGUUAGUUCCGGUCAAGCCCCGGAAGUAUCCGAAUCGGCCCAGCAAAACUCCGGUGCACGAACGGCCGUACGCGUGUCCCGUCGAAAAUUGCGACAGGAGGUUCAGCAGGUCGGAUGAACUCACCAGGCACAUCAGGAUACACACGGGCCAGAAACCCUUCCAAUGCAGAAUCUGCAUGAGGUCGUUUUCGCGUUCGGACCACUUGACGACGCACAUUCGCACGCAUACGGGCGAAAAACCGUUUAGCUGCGACGUGUGCGGCAGGAAAUUCGCCCGCAGCGACGAGAAGAAGCGGCACGCCAAGGUGCACCUGAAGCAACGCAUGAAGAAGGAAAACAAAUUGAAUUCGGGCGGCUCCAGCAGCCAGCAGCAGCCGCAGCAGCAGCAACAGUCGCACCACCACCACCUGCACCCCCAUCAGCAGCAGCAGCAGCAGCAGGAGCUGCACUUGCAGGUGAGCGAGGGCCUGAGUUUGCCGGUGGUGACGACGACGCUGUGAGAAUUACCCACGGCCGACUUGAUCGGCGGCGAUUGUGUACUUUUUCUGCAAGAAGACUGUGAUCUAGAUGGCACAGACACGCAAAUCAUCUACUUGCAAUUCGAGUAGGUGGACUUUUCGCGCAACCUGAUACCAUGAUCUCUCCUGGUGGCCGAAAGCCACGCGUGCCAUUUUCGUGUCGUUGUUUUUAUUUCUAUUACUAUUAUUAUUAUUAUUAUUAUUAAUUAUUUAUAUAAAAAUGAUCUGUGAGGUGAGGCGUUGCAUAUUUUCGACAUCCUUUGUUGGAAGAUUUUCAGAAACAACAUUUCCAACAAAAAUCGACAAAAAUAUACAGGGUCUUCAUUAGGAUGUUUCAUUUAAAACGACUAAGUUUGGUUUUUCACUGAAACUCCAAAAUACAAAACAUUUUUAUAUCUCGGCCGGGUUUUAUUUCGUAUAUUGUGGUUCAUUGUUACUUACAGAGUACUUUAAGAGCCUUUAAGAAUUUUUCUCUAACUUGGUUCGUACCCAAAAAUUUUAAAGAAAAAUGUAGAAAAUUCAAUUCUCUACAAAAAAAAUACUCACCUUUAUAUCGCUUAAGUGCACAGUUUACAAGAUAUGAGCAGUUUAAUAUUUAAAACAGUGAAAAAUUUGUUUUCUUGAGAUUAUUUCCCUCAUUAUAAUAUGAACCAAUCAAAAGCCUUGAAUUUUCGAAUAAAUUUCGUUUAAAUAAGCGAUUAAAUCACUAGAACUAUUUAACAGCGAUUAAAUUUUAGCCUCCAUAUUGGAUUUUUGUUUACGAUUUUAUGGUGUUAUUUACAAGUUUUAACAAACAUUUUUUAAAAAACAAUAAAAAAUAAGUUAUCCAAUUUACGAAAUAUCAAUUAUUACUUAUUACAUACCUUAAAUUAAUGGAAUUUUUAAAAAAAAUAUAUUUAUAAAUUUUGACACAUACGUCAGAUUUUAUAAAUUGUCAAAUAGUUUCCUUUAAUUCGAGAAAUAAUCUAGAAGUAUAUCACUCAACCUAUAAAUUUAAUCUGUCAAACUAUGCUCAGUAAGUUUUUUAUUUGAUUUUUCUUUUUGGAAAAUAGUUUCAUGCAAAAUAAUUAAAAAUAAAACCCCUCGAUCGCUACGCGGUCUCGUGAUUUUAUUAAAUUAUUUUGUAUUCGAGAUUUUCCAAGAAAAACCAAACAAAAAACUACUGAGCCUAGUUUAACCGAUUAAAUUCAUAGUUCUUGUGAUAUAAUAUAUGAUUAAUUUGUCUUAAAUUCGAUUCCAUGACUAUUAAAUAUCUUGUAAACGCUGCACUUCAGCGAUAUAAACAUAGGAACUUUGUUUGUAGAGAAUUGCAUUUUCUACAACUUUUUUCUUAAAAUGUGUAGGUAGGACAAGCCAUUCUCUUAACAUUUGUAAGUUAUGUGAAAAAUAUGUGAGAAAGUAAAAAAAAUACUUUCACAGCUGAUACCAUCAAUUUGAAUCGAGUUCUUAUAGGCGUUAAAAACUCUGUAAGUAAAAAUGAACCACAAUAUGAUAUAAAAAUAAAAAAAAAAGUGAUUGACAAUGCAUGCUUUUUAAAUGGGAAAAAUCCAAAAUGAAAAAGGAACUUUUUUAUGUUUUGAAGUUUCGGUGAAAAACAAAAAAAGGUCGUUUUAAAUUAAACAUCCUCCAUCAGUAAGGGUGCAUGUUUUAUUUACGCCGUACUAACGCAAAAUUUUUGAUGCCAGUGCUACGGUGCCAGACUGACUUAUUGCCAAUGACGAGCGAACACAUUUCACAAUAUUUAUUUUAUUACAAAAAUCCCACUGGAUGGUUCGUCAAGCAGAUUGUUGUUGAAUUAAUUUACAAAUGUAAAUAAUUUACCUAUUUUUGUAAAUAAUAAAAAAUAUUAAUCUGGUGUCGUAGACGCUACAAAUUACGAUAGGAUUUAACAAUUUAGAGACAAGUUAACAUGAAGGCUUUAAUAAUUUAAUAAAUAGGUUUUAUAACUUGUUGCCAAAUAACACCUUUUAAACUAUUUUAAUACAUUCCGUACUAGUUCUUUUUUACAAAUCGUUUAAUAUUUAGGGAUUUAAUACGUUGGUCAAUAAAAACAAGGUACAAACAAUAUUUAAUUCAUUCAGAUGCAUAUGACGUUUGUUUGUAAUGUCAAAUAUGAAUGGAUAUCGAUAUCGAAUACUUUUAUUAUCAAGUCACGUCACAAAGGUGUAAUCAGUGGCCGAUUACGUCAUCGUGUUGUUUAUUGGAUUCGAUAUUGUUUGAUAACAUCACCUACAUUGUCAUCACAAAGUCAAUAAAAUGGCAGAAAGGGUUUCGCUUUGAAACAUUUGUUAAGAUUGCCUUACGAAGUGUCUUGUAGUUAAACUAAUUUUAUUUUUCUAUGACAAUUAAAUAAAAGUAUUUGCUGAAGGAGUCUCCCUGGUCCAAAACGUUUGGUUGGUGGAACCUUGCGCAUUUACGAAAAACAAUUGCAAUGAUCUCUAUAAAUUUUUGGGUUGUUGUUCGUGUGUGGAGUAGACUGGGCCAAAAAAAUCGACUAUUUUUUUUGUAAAGUAGUAGAGUUUUUGCCUCAGAACUCCCAAACCAUUGAGUUUAACAAAAUUGACUUAGGAAUAUUUUUUGAAGAAAAUUGAAUGCUCUACAAAAAAGCUUUAAUUGGAAUUUCCUGUCAGAUGAACCGUUUUCUUACAAUCAUGCUUUUAAAACUGGUAUAGUUUUACAUUUUAAUCUUUUAACUUUGGAAUUUUGUAAUUCAUGUAAAAAUCAGUACCCAGAAAAAAAACCGAUAGAUAUUCUUAUGGGAAAUCAAAUGCUUUACAAAAAAAGUCUUUUUACAUUUUUGGCUAAAUUCACUCCAUCAAAAGUUAUUCAAGGUUAAAUUUGAAGUCAAAACGAAAUUCUUGUUUUUUCCGCUCUAGAUUUUUUUUGGGUCAGUUAAAAACUUGAAUUCUUUUAUCUAUGAUAAUCUUUAUGCUAUUGAUAAAAUUACUGAAAAUUAAAAAAAAUAACACAUUAGAAUUUUUUCGCUUUAAGAAAAUAUUUUCUCUAGAAAAUAUUAUUUUCACUGUUACCUAUUUAAUCGUUUAAAUAAUAACAAUCAUGUUGUUUUUUUAUUGGAAAUUGUUAAUUAUUUAUAAUACACAUUUAUAAAGAAAAGAAUCAAAUUAUCAUCCUUAAAAAAAUAAAUCUGCAGAGAAAAAAACAAGAAUUUCGUUUCGACUUCAACUUUAACCUUGAAUAACUUUUGAUUGAGUGAAUUUAGCCAAAAAUGUUAAGAGGCUUUUUUUGUAAAGCAUUUUAUUUCCCAUUAGAAUAUUUAUCGUUUUUUAUGGUACUGAUUUUUACAUGAAUUACAAAAUCCAAAGUUAAAAGAUCAAAAUGUAAAACUAUACCAAUUGUUAAGGCAUGAUUUUAAGGAAACGAUUGAUCUGGCAGAAAAUUUUAUUUUGUAGAGCAUUUAAUAUUCUUAAAAAAAUUCUUCUGAGUCAAUUUUAUUAAACUCAAUGAGUUCUGAGACAAAAACUUGCUGAGGAAAAAAAAUUAUAUCACCCCAAACCAUAUUUUUGAUAUACUUUUCAAAAAAAAAAUAGUUGAUUUGUUUGGCCCAGUCUAGUGUGGAGCUGCCACAAUAAAAAGCGUUCAGCUAAACUGAACCUAAAUUAUAUCUCAACUAUGCGAUUUGUAUAAAGUUGUAAAUAAAUAUAUUUAAACGUAGGUUUAGGAUGUAAAUAUUAUAUUAAUAUCUUUAAAAAAGAAAUUAAUUGUUAAAACUCCGUAUUACUUGUUAUGUAUUGAAGAAAUUUAUCAAAAUUUUAAUUUUUAUUGUACCCCUUACCUUUUGCACGUUGUUAUAUACAUGAAAUUUAGGUACCUAUGUAUAUGUUUUGUAUCCUCAUAUCAAUAUCCCUAUAAAUGUGUACCUACUGUUAUAAAUUAAUAGCAAAUUUUUUACAAGGCUGUUGUAUAAUAAAUGUGAUAUUUAAAUACAUGGAUAUUCUAUAGAAUUACUAUCACACAAUUUCUCUAUUUAUUUGUAUGUUGUCAAAAUUUUAAAUGUUAUAAAUAAAUAAAUAAAUUAUAUUGUCAAUGUAUAAUAAAGUUACUGUUUGUGAAGGGUUACAAACCGAAUAUGCAAUCAUAAAUCACCAGAUAAAU